AGACACAGCUUGAAUUAUAACUGAAAGAGUACAAACACAUUGUACUCUUGCUAUAGUUUUGAAAAACUAAAUGUUUUCCCAGCUUUCAGUCAUCACUGGGUGACAGGCCUGGGCUGUCCCAAGUGCCAGUCUUGCCUUUUGAUCUGCCCCUUUAUAAAAGCAACACAUCAAACAAAUACAACCAGCAAGUUAAGAGUCUUCUGAUUAAAGAUGACUGUUUGUGUCCCAUACUUGACAGAGCUUCAACAUAGUUACUUUGUCAAAUAACUGUUUGUGUUCCAGCAGUCAGGAUGUCCACUGGACAGGCGCGUAGCCAUUUGACUGACUAUACUGCAAACUCAUGGCAACCAUCCUCUAUCCUUUCUGGCUGCUGCAGUUUCUGAUAUUGACAGCAUAUAUGGAAACAAUAUAGUGCCCCACUUCUGGUCACAUGCGACCAACAGGUGGUGCCCGUUAUCCAGCAGAUCUAGGCUUUAGCAAAUUUACAGCCACAUGUUUUAGGCUCUGUGGAUGGUUAUAUCUGGCUGUCUGUGUGAACUCUAGAUCAAAGCUGCUGUAUCAAAUCAGGACUUUGUUAGGCUAUUAUGUACAUGACUGACUUUCAAACUGGACUUUCAUGUUUGUUGUACUAAGUGGAGAGCAUGUCAGUAACACAAACAUCGCCCAGACACAAAUAAUUUCAUGGAUUACUUUAAGGACUUACUGUCCUUGUGAGUGUGAACGAAGCACACAAAUGUGUGUUCACAAAGACAGCCAUAUUCAUCUGUGUUUUUAUUUUGCUUGGAGCACACAAACCCCCAAAUACAAAGCAUGCACACAAUUGCAGACCGAGACCCAGUAUCAAAGAGUGGCAGCAUCACACGGUGUUGCAAUUUGUCUAUGUUUAGUUGUGAGGCCGUGGCCAAAUGAACACUGGAAACUGCAUUCCUGUCUUAAAACCAAGGGCUUAAUGUUGUCUGCAGCCAUUAUCCUAAUCAGACCAAUGGGGCCCUUCAGUCUCAAAGGGGACAUGGCAAGUCUCCAGUAUCUCUUUCAACAGCCACAGAAAACCUCAGAAAAUCAUCUGUACUAACAAGACAGACUGUAGGCUGCUUUAUAGUUGAUUUAACUGAGGUGAUGAGGAGGUAUACACAAAACUCUGACCAAAUGUCAGAAGAAAACAAUAAGUGAUCCCGCCUAGAAUUUUAAAUAAUUUACUUUUGUAAAAACAGACUAAAGAUGAAAAAUUUAUUCAGAAUGAUGUUGUUUAUGCCACUUUGCCACACAUUAAAGUUCACACAUAUUAUUAUGAAGAAUAGAAAAGCGGUGAUCUGUCAACACAACACAAGCAGCACAGGCACGAUUAUCUUGAGACCACCCCCUCUUAUGGUGUGUGUGUGUGUGUUUUUCUAUUUAAGUCUUAUUGUGAUAGAGAGGAGGGCCAAAAGGGAGCUGGAGAUAAAUGUUUCACUGUUCUUCUCUCCAUCACUUCGUCUUUGUCUGCAUCCACAACAUCAGCAAAGAAAGGGGGAACUGAAUAGUCACGAUGCCUGAGAAAGCACCAGAGAGAAAAUCUAAAAUCUCAGCCUCUCGCAAACUCAUGCUGAAGAGCUUGAUGGUAGCCAAGGCCAAGGAGGAACUGGAGCAGGAGAUUGUAGAAAAAGACGAGCAAAAGGCAAAGUUUCUGGAGGAAAAAGCUCCUCCAAUACGGACCGGUGGCCUCUCCUUAGCAGAGCUACGGAUAUUAUGUGAGGAGCUGCAUGCCAGAAUAGAUGUGGUGGACGAGGAGCGCUAUGAUAUUGAAGCCAAGGUCUUGCAUAACACCAGAGAGAUCAAAGACCUGAACAUCAAGGUAUUGGACUUGCGAGGGAAGUUCAAGAGACCUAACCUGAGAAGGGUGAGGGUCUCUGCUGAUGCCAUCCUGCGCUCCCUACUGGGCUCUAAACACAAGGUCUCUUUGGAUCUGCGAGCUAACCUAAAAUCCGUCAAAAAGGAGGACACAGAAAAGGAGAAGACAGCGGAGGUGAGUGACUGGAGGAAGAAUGUGGAGGCCAUGUCAGGCAUGGAGGGCCGCAAGAAAAUGUUUGAUGCUGCAAAAGGCCAAAACCAGUAAAACAGCUGGCGAACAAACAGCUGGCUAACAAACAGCUGGCUAACAAACAGCUGGCUAACAAACAGCUGGCUUUCAUCUAAUCACCAUCACUUGCAUACCAAAGAUUUCUGAGCACAAAGCAUAAGGGAUGCUUGGUGACUUCACAUAUUCAAGUCGUUUAAAUACUCAGGAUCUUUCCUCAACACUGAAAUAAACACAGCAUCUCUAUUCUCAUCGUCCCUGAGUCAUCUUGUUUCGAAGAAGUGUUCAGUGAUUUCUCUGUUUCUUGUUUAUUUGUGUAAGACACAGAAGAAUAUCCUUUGUAAUAAAAUAGCCUAAAUGAAACUUUACUUCAAAAGCACACAGAUUUAGUUCUGUACAGCUGCACACGCGAAACAAAAUUACCUGCCAAGAGAUAAACGUGCUCAACAGUACAGCAACUGGAAAUUUGCAGGCUAAGGAAGCAUACAAAGUGCACAUACUUACUG